GUCGUUUGAUGCGGAAAAGUGAAGCGCAGUUCAUAACAUACAUUUUCUUGUGAUAAAUCUAAAUAAAACCAUCUAAUGGGCCGAAGAACUGAAACAGAUGGUUCAGGUUCUGAAUCGGGCUCGGGAAGCCGGAGUCGGAGCCACAGCAGAAGCCGAAGCGGUAGUCGUAGCCGUAGCGGAACACCGCAGCUCGCGCCAACACCUGGAUUCUCUCUAGAGCAUCACGAUUCACGAUCAAAUUCACCAAAUCAACGCUCACGAUCGGGCACACCGGCACCUAACCGAAGUCGAUCAAAUUCAGCCGGAUCGCAAAGGUCCCGGUCCGGAUCAAGAGGCUCCGGUGGUCGUUCGCGUUCAGGCAGUCGCUCUCCAUCACCGAAUGGGCAACAGAAACGAAAAAGUCGUUCUCGAAGCGGUUCUGGUUCACCAGCCGCUUCUCACCGUUCCGGAUCCGGUUCGAGGCAUUCCCGGUCGCGUUCUGGUUCUCGCUCCGGAAGCGGUCGUUCUCGAAGUGGCACACCUCAAAAUCGCUCCCGAAGUGGCACUCCACAGAACCGGUCCGGUAGUGGCACACCGGUAAAUCGUUCCCGCAGCGGAUCGGCUGCGUCGGGUUCGCCUGCGUCCAACCGGAAAUCUCGUUCACGUUCUCGUUCGGCACGGUCUGCAUCGGCACGUAGUAGGUCGGGGUCAGCUCAGUCGGACGUGAACGAGAAAAGGAAGCGUGCUGUUUUGAGUGAUUCCGAAUCCGACGAUGGUACCAAGAAGGAAACGAAAAAGAAGAACAAACUUAUCGACACCGAUUCGGAGGAAGAGGCUGUGCCUGGAAAGGACAAAGGAAAAGACGUGACAGCUGACGCACUGUUUGGUGACGCGGACGAUAUUAGUUCCGAUGAAGCGGGAGGUGGCGGUGAUGAAUCCGGUCGCGAACGGGAUGAACUGGACGACCUGGAGGACGAACAGCGCAAGCAAGAACAGGAAAGAGGUGGUUCCAGGGAUCGUUCCAGGAGUCGUAGUCGCAGUCGAAGCCGAAGCCGCGAUAGUCGACGUUCGUCGGACGAAGAAGGAAACCGAGAUCGCCUUGCACGCUGGGAGGAACCGAAGGAACCGGAACCGGAACCUGAGCCCAUUCCAGAGACACGCAUCGAUGUGGAGAUUCCGCGUAUCGUGACGGACCUCGGACGGGAUAUACAUUUCGUGAAACUACCGAAUUUCUUGUCCGUAGAGACGCGCCCAUUCGAUGCGGAAACGUACGAGGACGAAAUUGACGAAGAAGAAACGCUCGAUGAAGAAGGUCGCCAGCGAUUGAAGCUGAAGGUGGAAAACACAAUCCGCUGGAGGAAUAAUAUUGACAAUAAGGGUAAUGCACAACGUGAAACAAACGCCCGUUUCGUCAAGUGGUCCGACGGAAGUAUGAGCCUACACCUCGGCUCGGAAAUCUUCGACGUGUACAAGCAACCACUGCAGGGCGACCAUAACCAUCUGUUCAUCCGCCAGGGAACCGGUCUCCAAGGUCAGUCGGUGUUCCGCACCAAGCUCACCUUCCGGCCACACUCGACCGAAUCGUUCACCCAUCAAAAGAUGCUUAUCUCGUUGGCCGAUCGAUCGCAGAAAACGUCCGGCAUUAAGAUUCUUACACAGGUCGGAUUCGAUCCGGAUGCGGACCGUAAGCAGAACCUCAAGAAGGAGGAAGAGAAGCUCCGCAUGGCAAUGCGUGCCAAGCAAACGUCGACCAAACCCAAACGAGGGCGUGACUCGGGGGCGAACACCAGCAAUCCGUAUCACCACGAUGAAGGUUCGGAGGACGAAGGUGGCAUCUCGAUUGCGGCGAUCAAGAACAAGUUCAAGGGCGACAAGGCGAAGGGUGGUGGUAGACAGAACACGGCCAUUUAUUCCUCGGAUGAGGAGGGGUCCGAUGUGGAGAUGGGACGGCGCAAAAAGAACAUCGACAAAAAGAAGGCCCUCAAAUCGUUGGCCGAUUCGGACGAUAGCGAUGCUGGGUCGGGUUCGGAACAGUCGCGUGGUACACGUUCCCCGACGCAUUCCGGCUCCGGUUCCGGGUCGGAGGGCGAAGCAUCGGGCAGUGGAAAGAGUGGUAAGGGUGGCAACCAAUCCGACGGUGACAGUGACGAGUAGGAUUUUACACAUUAGAUUGGUGCACCUUGUAUAGUUUUACAUAAUUAUCCUUUACAUAAAUCUAACUCAAUAAAGAGACAAAAACA